AUGAAAUUACUCAUUCUUUUAUCAGUUAUUACUAUUGCAUUUGCUAAUAUUGAUUUACAAUCUAAAUGGGGCGAUCUAUGGCCAUUUCAAGGAAUAGCUACAUUUGCUCAUUUACAACAUUUUCCAUGUUUAAUUAACAAUAAGGAGAAAUUUGAUAUUGGUUUGAUUGGAGUUCCAUUUGAUACUGCAGUUUCAUACAGACCUGGAGCUAGAUUUGGACCAAGGGCAAUUAGAGACGCAAGUCAACGACAAACUAGUUUAAGAGGUUUUAAUCAUCGAGCAUUAUUUAAUCCAUAUAAAUCAUGGGCCAAAAUUAUAGAUUGUGGAGAUAUACCAGUUUCUCCAAUGGAUAACUCAUUAGCAUUCAAACAAAUGGACGAAGCAUUUGAAGAAUUAUAUUCGAAACCAAGUUUAGAUAAUGAAAAUUUGCCUCCUCGUUUCGUUGCGCUUGGUGGUGAUCAUUCAAUUUUAUUACCUCAUAUUAGAGCGUUACAUAAAAUCUAUGGACCUUUGAAUAUUUUACAUUUUGAUGCUCAUUUAGAUACUUGGUCUCCUGAUAAAUAUCCAAGUUAUUGGAGUUCAGAACAAAGUGAGUUAAGUCAUGGAUCUAUGUUAUGGAAAGCAUAUGAGGAAGGAUUAACUACUAAGAAUAAUGUACAUGCGGGAAUACGUACAAAACUAGCAGGUUUAGAAGAUUUUAUAGAUGAUGAUUUACAAAGUUGGUUUAGAAUUGAGUCGGAUGAUAUUUGGAUAAAAGAUAAAGGUGCAGAUUGGGUGAUUGAAACUAUAUUAAAAAAGAUUCCAAAGGAUACUCCUACUUAUAUAUCUGUUGAUAUCGAUGUUUUAGAUCCUGGUAAUGCACCAGGGACUGGGACAAUUGAAAGUGGUGGUUGGCUACCAAGAGAAUUGAUUCAUGUAUUACGUGGUAUUGAAGAUUUGACUAUUGUAGGUAGUGAUGUAGUUGAGGUUGCUCCUAGUUAUGAUCAUGCUGAAAUUACCGCUACUAAUGGUGCUCAAGUUGCAUUUGAAUUGUUGACAAGUAUGGUUAAAAAGGGACAACUUGAUACGAAGUUAAUCAAAAAUACAAAUACAAAUACAAACAAGGCUACAAAUGUAAAAGAUGAACUUUAA